AUGUCGAAAACACUUCAUCGAAAUCUACAAGCCAAAAUGUCGGCCUUGAAAGGUCCUGAAUGGGAUAGCAGUGAUGAAGAAGAGGAAGCCUUGUCCAAAAGUAGCGGCGGAAGACAAUCCAAAGCCGACCGAAAGCGUUCCAAAAAGGCUCAAAAGCAUGCCGACAAGUCAUCAGGUUUGAAAAUGGAGGAUGGCGUCUCGGAUGACGAAGACGAAGAUGGUGAAAAAAAGAUUGUCAAGAAAUAUGAGAAACCCACUGUGCUUUAUGUUGGACAUUUGCCCGUUGAGCUGGAAGAACGUGAUUUGCGUACCUUUCUGUCUCAAUUUGGAAAUGUGAUUCACAGCCGCAUCAGCCGCUCCCUCCAGACGGGUCACUCGCGUGGAUAUGGGUUUGUUCAAUUCUCCGAUCCCGAAACGGCCAAGAUUGUGGCAGAAACAUUGCAGGGAUACUUUUUGGGAAAGAAGCGAUUGGUCUGCCAUUUGAUUGACAAACCAGACGAUGGGCUUUUUUUCGAUACUGACCGCCUCAUUGCCCAACGUAAGAAUGAUUUGCAGGUCGAACGAAAGCGCCGACGUGAAAACUUGGGCAAUGCUAGUAAGAUGAAGGAGAUCACUGCUCGAUUGGUCCAACGUGAAAUGAAGAAGCGAAAGAAGUUGCAAGACUUGGGUAUUGAUUACGACUUUCCUGGAUACGAAGGAAGCUUGGCCGCACAAACAGAUAAGGAGAAUUCAGAAGAACCAGCAGAGCUUUCAACUCCAAAGAGCGACAAGAAGAAGAAAGAAAAGAAGCGAUCGAAUUCUGUUUCAAGUGUCGGGUCUGCAAACUCAGCAAACUCAUCAUCGUCGGCAACCAAGAAAUCUAAGCGAAAAGAGUCCAUCGGAUCAGUGGGAUCAGCGGGAAGCUCCAGCAGCAAAUCUAAACGGAAGGAUUCCAUCGGGUCUGUUGGGAGCAAUGCCUCAUCUGUCAGUAAGAAGAAGCAAAAAAAGCGUAGAAAUUCUGAAGGUAGUGGUGAUGCAGCCGGCAAGAAAGAACUAGUAAAGGCUGCAACAACAACUCCCACAAGUUCCAGCAAGAAAAAGAAGAACAAGAAAUCAAGGAAGUCCCUAUAG